GGGAAAUUUCCUCCUGCCCGGGUUGCAAUAUUAGAAAAGUAUGGGUUAAAAGGAAAAUGAAAACAUCUUGACGGAUUUCCAAACUCUCGGUAUGGAAUGAUUUUCACUAGUAAUGGGAAAUUCGAAUUUAUGAAAAUAUAUGUUUGUACGUUAAAAGUGAAUUGAUAUUUUGCAUAAGUUCGAAAAAAAUAUAUAUUCGGGCAACACCUAUCCCGAGGCGAUACGCAUGGCACGCCAGAAUCAACGUGCAACCAAAUGUCAUAACAUUGAGGAACGGUGUGGUGUCUUGGAUUUUUGUGUGGCUCGGACUCGGCUAGUUAACGCUAUGAAAAUGAAAGCCGCAGAAGGCGAAGGCAUAACAAGAAUUCACAAUGUCCGGUUCUACAACUUGCCACCAAGAUCCAUUAACUGUUUGAGUUAUAAUCAACGAUCAGGAAAGCUAGCACUAUCAAGAAGUGAUGGAUCUUUGGAAAUUUGGGACAUCAGCUAUGCAGCUUUUUUGGAGAAGUGUAUUCCAGGGGAUGGCAAGCUGUCCAUAGAGGGUAUCGGCUGGGCUGGCGACCGUUUAUUUUCAGCUGGACUGAACGGAGAAGUGGUGGAGUGGGAUUUGACUGCUUUAAAGCGAAAAGCAUCCCAGAGGGUCACAGGCCUCGCUAUUUGGUGUCUAGAUAUCAAUCGCACGGGGAGUUGUAUGGCUGUAGGCACCGAGGAAGGUUACUUGAAUGCGUUCGAUAUUGACGAAAACGGAAUCACCUACAAAAACCUUUUCGACAAACAAGAGGGACGAAUUCUAUGUUGCCGAUUCGACGCUAUCGGCGAUUAUAUAGUGACAGGAUCAAUCGACGUAAUUCGAAUUUGGAACACGAAAACUGGACACGCUAUUCACAGAAUGGCCUUAGGAAGGUCUGAGAAGAAGCGCGAGACGAUAGUGUGGUCGCUGCAAGUAACAAAAGCCUUCUUUAUAAUUGCUGGAGAUUCCCGAGGUCAGAUCACUGUAUGGGAUGGGAAAUUAGGGGCGCAAGUAGAGUCACACCAAGUAUUGCAAGCAGACGUGCUGGCUGUCGCAAUAAACGAAGAAGAAGAUGUGUUGGUCUGCUCUGGAAUGGAUCCCAUCAUCCGAAUCUAUUCCCUGACGGAAAUAAAAAAGAACGAUCGGUUGACGAAAAAGUGGGUGAAAUUUUUUCAGCGGAACGUGCACGACCAUGAUGUUAAAGCCCUGGUGUGUGUUGGAUCUGACUUGAUAUCGGGCGGAGUGGAUGGCUAUUUAGGCAUUUCGUCAUAUGCAAAGACAGGCCAGUCCCACAUUGCAAAACAUGGGCCUUUCCUGCAGUCACCAUGUGCUGCAAUCUCUCCAGAGGCACGAUUGCUUCUACUUCAAUACGUUACGGGGCUGGAUGUGUGGCGAUUGGGUUCAGCUUUAGAUCGUGUUCAAAUUACAGAUGAAGAGAGCAAAGAUCAUAGGAAAAUUUUGUCACUUGAUGCAGGGCCUGAACAGUUGAUACAGCUACAGAGUGUCAAUCAUGAAGCAAUUGUCUGUUCGGCUCUUUCACCAAAUGGUCGCUUCCUCGUAUAUUCAACAACCAAAAGCAUUCGCAUUUUCGUAAUUACUGCUCCACCAGGCCAACCUGUCAAACUAACUCGUAUUAAAGACCUUCCGGAAAGUUGUUCCGCAUGUUCAAAGAUCCUGUUCUCUCGGGACUCAAGUACUCUGUUUCUUGUGAAACCCGGCGUUAACCACAUUGAUGUGUUUAAUAUUUUAUCGGAUUACGAGAUAGAUUAUUGUGAAACUAUUGACGCCCUACGUGCUAUACGGGACGUCAUCCACCUUCUAACUAUUUCACAUUGCGGCCGUUACUUGGUUGCAGCGGGGACUUGCCGGACUAUUGCAGUGUGGCAGAAAAUGCAAAAGCAUUGGGAUCAUUACUUCAAUCUUCCAAAAUAUAUGGUACCCACGACGGCAAUUGCAUUACACUAUGCAAAGCCACGACUGGUAGCUGCAUUCACAGAUGGCAAAAUAUUUGAAUACGAUCUCGACGAAAUGGCCUUUACUUGUUCGUCGAACAAAAAGUUUUUUUCCACUUGUCAAACACAUUCUGUGAAUAAUAUCGUUCUGUGUAAUAACAAUGAAAAUAUUUUCAUUCUCCACAAUGAUAAGAUGCUCUAUGUGCUGGAGAAGCAACCAAGCGAGGAGCGAAAUUCAAUAAAAACGGCUAAAUCAGAUGGAUCGAAAAAUACAGCUGACUUAAAGCUGAAAUAUCAGAAGUCAUUCGAGCAUUUUGUUUAUCUGGAGAGGUUAUCAGAAAACGAGGUAGUUGCUGUUGGUGUCAACCCAGUUUCCAUAAUAGAACAGCUUCCGGCUGUAUUGAAAAAGAAGAAAUUUGGUGCUACUUGAAAAAAGUAUUCAAAAUUAAAUUUAUGUUCGGAUUUUGCGUUGAGAAGAAAGGAAAUAUAUUAUGAAAUGGAAUAACAAAUGGCAUUCAUUU